GCCAAAGUAGCGCGAUCCAACGGAACCGAAUCGCGCUUCCGCGCUUACCGCCUUGACCUCCACAAAUAGCCGUCCGUUUUUCUGGCUCCGUUCUCCGCACACUAAGCUGUGGUGUUGUGUGGCUCCGAGGUCCCUUCUGCCCUCAAUUGCCGUCAUACACCGGCCGGGGCGACUCCCAUCAUCCAUCAUCAAUCAUCCCAUUCAUCCUCCAAACAACCACAACCUCAUCCGUGUGUCCAUCAACCAGCACAAGAGCCACAUCCCAAAAUGUCCAGCCCGGACGGAGCAACAACAACCCCACCGGCCGAAGUAAUGACAAUCGCCUCCCCCAUCAACCUCAUCCUUCUCACCCUCUUCAUCAUCCUGGUCUACGUGCAACUCCGUCCCAAGGCCCCCGUCGCCCUCCCCAAAGCGCCCCCACCCGUCGUCUUCCGCACCUUCACCCCGACCACGCUCCUGCCAUACAACGGCACCGCCGAUCAGCCCGUCUACCUCGCCGUGCGCGGCCGCGUCUUCGACGUCACCCCCGGCCGCAACUUCUAUGGACCGGGCGGACCCUACGAGAACUUCGCCGGUCGGGACGCGUCCCGCGGUCUGGCGUGCCAGAGUUUCGAUGAGGAGAUGUUGACCAAGGAUCUGAAGGGUCCGUUGGAUACGUUGGAGGACCUGGAUGCGGACCAGUUGGAGAAUCUGCAGUCGUGGGAGGAGCGGUUCUCGGAGAAGUACUUGGUUGUCGGGAAGUUGGUGGCUGAGGGGGAGGAGGGUGCUUAAGUUGAGUGAGACUUUUGAGAAGUUUCAGGGGGUGUAUGAAGUAAGGAUGGGAUGGGUGAGGGGGAUGAAGAUUAUAGAUAGGGCGGUGGUGAUGAACAGAAGGCUGCCAAACCAGAAUGUAGGGUUGGCUUGUUUAAGGUUGGAAUGAAAGGAUGGCGUGGAUUGAGGGUGUUUUGAAAGGUACUGACAGACAGGUUGUAGGUCGGAUGAAUUAUGAUAUUAUGGUUGUUCAAUUUGUCUACAUAAGUCAUUCCGGUAAACCUUAAAAAUGACAUUACUCUAUCGGCACAGAAGCAGAAGUGUUAUGAAGAGGAGA